AUGGCUGCUACCCCCAUGGCACCUCCCCCAGGCUGUGGCAACAUUGACCCUGCUUAUUAUUUCCUCUGUGACUUCUGCGAAGCCUGGGGCAUUGGUCUGGAGACUGUGGCUGCUGCAGGCAUUCUGGCCUCUCUGGCGCUUCUGCUGGCGUUCUCCAUUCUUAGCUGUAUGGUCAAAGACAAAACGAAGAAAACAAUGCUUCCCACUCAGUUCUUCUUCCUUCUGGGCACCCUGGGGAUCUUCAGCCUCACGUUUGUGUUCAUCAUCCGGCUCAAUAAGAAGACUGGCCCCACUCGCUUCAUCUUACACGGGGUCCUUUUUGCUCUCUGCUUCUCCUGCCUUCUGACCCAUGCUUUCAACCUCGUCAGGCUGGUGAGAGGAAAAGUUCCCUACUCGCAACUAUCCAUGCUGGUGCAUGCUCUGGGCCUCACUCUCAUUCAGAUGAUCAUCGCUGUCAAAUACAUCAUCAUCACAGUAGAAAGAGAUGGCAUUGAUGUGGAUAGAAUGGGGAGAGAACAACGCAACAAGGACUUUGUCAUGGUCCUGACCUAUGUGCUUGUCCUAAUGGUCCUCACCUUCAUGAUCUCUAUGUUCACCUUCUGUGGACCAUACAAAAGCUGGAAGAGGCAUGGGAUGCACAUCUUUGUCACUCUUCUCUUUUCCAAAGCCAUCUGGGCUGCAUGGAUCACCAUGCUGCUCAUGAGUAGCUUCCCUGGCAAUGGUGCUCAAAGCAAGUGGGAUGACCCGCUCAUUAGUCUUGCUUUGGUGGUGAACGGAUGGGUUUUCUUGACUAUGUACACAGUUCCUGAGAUCUGCUUUCUCGCUACCCCAUUUCAGCCUGGGGACUACCCUCCAGAAAAAACUCUUCAGAAGUCCACAGCCACACAACAGAGCAUUGAAGCAGGAAGUACCCAAGCCCCAGAUAAAGAAGGAGCUGAGGAGGAUGUUUUGCUGGCCCUCAAUGGGAACUGCUUUCACUCAAAGACCUUUGGAACCAGACUAUGUUUCUCGAUCCCCUGGUCAACCCUACAUCCAGCACACUGGCAGGAUGUGAUGGUGCACACUGAAGCCAAGGAGCCAAGCCCAGACAUACAUUGA